AUGGCAACGGACGCAGGUUCUGGACUCCCGGACCCACCGGUGGGAAUCUCGCAGGAGGCGCACCACCGAGCGGCAAACUCCCAGGCUCCGAUGGAGAACUGGGAGGACCCGUCCGAGAGCGAGAAGUGCUGGAGGAGCCUGGAAAACCUCGAGUUCGCGAUUGAACAAUGCCAGCUCGUCCCCAGACUUAACAUAUCAGAUGAUUUGAAAGUUGGCUUUUUCAGCACAGACCAUGCUACUCAAACGGAUUCCAGUGAAAUUUUGCCAUUAAAAGAGCUAUGCUCAUCUACACAAAAACUAGUGAAGAUUAUUAGAUCCCUUCAGGUAGAUUUUGGGUUCCUGAAACAAUUGCUUCAGUUGAAGUUUGAGGACCGUAUUAAAGAGGAGUCUUUCAAUCUCUUUGCUGUUCUACAUGACAGGAUCCUAACAGUCGAAAGACAUUAUCAACAGAAUGAAGAAUUAAUAAGAAAAUGUUGCCAUCAGCAGUUGGCAGAUGCCAUAGCUGUAGUCCGAGGAAUGUACAAGCAAUUCUUUGAGGUAGAAGAAGGGAGAAGUUCUCUGCAUGACAUAACUACUGACAAAAUAAGUAUUUUGUUACUAAAGCUGAAGGACCAGGAAGAAGUGAUUAAGAAAUUAAAAGAAGAAGUAGAACAUUAUGAAUAUUUUGGUUUCCACGCUGUUGAAGCUUUGGCAACAGAGGCCAGCCAAGAAACAGCUUCAGUGAAGGAACAUUUGGAGUACAAAGUGGAAAAUGAGAGACUGCUUCAAGUCGUUGCAGAACUCGAAGAAGUAGCCCAACUCAAUCUAAAAGAAAAUGCAUUUUUAGAAGAUGAAAUUAUGACUCUGAAAGAGACGGCAGAAAAGGAUCAGAAAACCAUUCAAAGGUUAACUGAAGGUAGAGAUAAACUAAAGGCUGAACUUAAUGCUGAAAAAGUAUUAGUUCAAGAAAUGGUUAGUAAACAUAAAGAAGAAAUGGAAAUGAGAAAAAAGUGGGACAUCGUAAGUGGCAAGGUUGCAACUGAUAAAUCUGUUGAGACACAUGAAGAUGAAGAGGCGAAAAUUCAACCUGAGUAUCAUCUAAAAUACUCAGUGGUCCAGGUUGAAGAGAAACAUACUUUGGAGAAGGAAAUAGAAAUGUUAAAGAAAAGUUUGGAGAAUGAAAAAAUGUUGACAGAAAGGUUUAGGAAGGAAGCAGAACGGAUAAACAAAAUAUGGGAAAAGAAAUUUCUUAUUCUCAAGAACAGUUUUCAUGUCCUUAAGAAUGAGAUGUUUACUAGGCACACAUUGUACCGUCAGUUUGCAGUGGUUGCUGAUACAUCCUUUAAUUAUGUUGGUUGUAAUCUGGUAUUGUCUGAAGCUGACUGCCAGAUGUACUGGCUCUGGGGCCUCCCUGGAGGUGCAAAGUCAGCUAUUGCCUAUGCUCUGCCUGAAGCCACCCCACACAAGCUACAGAAUGAUCUGCAGAUGGCUGCUACUUUUGUUGGGUUUGGAGGUUCCCAGGAGAGGCCAAGCUGUGAAUCAUCACAAGCUGCUGCAAGUGCUGGGCCUGGGACCAGUUAA